AUGUUGAAUGAGCAUUAUAAUGAAUGCGAACUCCUUCCGGAAGGUGGUCGAAUUGUUCCUAAAGCCUAUCAGACGUGGUUGAAGACUUCUAACAAGACGCUGGAGGAAUUCAAAAUGCUGGAUCGCAUUGUUUACGUGGGACCGCGAUAUGAUAUUUUUGGAUUUGGUGGAUUUGUAGUCGGUAUCUAUCCGAUCCUAGGCGAGGAGACCAUCGAAGUUAUGUUCGAUUUGACAUUUGACGGGGCCGUAUCAACCAGAGGAUCCUCACCACGUUGUAUGGUGGUGCCUGCUGCUCAUCUACUACAUUAUCCUUAUUCUGGUUCCAAGGCCAAGUCGAAUGUCAUCACCGCCAAUAAAUCAAGCAAGAUGGAGAAACCAAAUUAUGAGAAUGGAGCAAGCUCAUCACAGCAUCCAGCAUCCUUCGAUAAGCAGAAAGAGAAGUCAGCACCCACAGCGAUACCUCCGGCGAAAGGGUACGUAUCUGCAGUCAAUUCCAUAAUAAAUGAGAAGGCAAAGCAAGCUGAAAAACUCCCGACAAGGAAGCAGCCCUCACCAUUGAAACAAAACGCACCAUCCACUGAACCACAGCACCCUGAUGCUAAUACUACUAGGAAUGCUUUCAUCCCCUCUCAAGUAAGGCGGUUGAAAGCGGGGAAAACGAGGAUUGUCAAUUCCAUACAAGAGUGA